UAGACGAAUUUGACAAAACGAUUACAGAUGAUGUGGCGAAGAACGACCGUAGCAAAUUUUCAUAUAUUUUCCCUUCAAAUUAAGGCGAUUUUGUAGAAGAAAGUUAAAGAGAAUUUGUGUAGAGUGUAAACGAAUGUUUUGAAGUAUUAAGUUAGUUAAUAAAAGUAAUAGGUAUUUGAAGUGAUACAUAGAAAGUGUAUUCGAGUAAAAACAAUGCAAAAUGUUUGGCAGACGAAAAUGCUUUUCAAUGAACUCUGCACUGAUGUUUCUGGGCGUCUGCAGCAUUCUCCUGCCUACCAAUUGGGGAGUAGAGGGCCUUUCUGACUUAAGGCUUUGUGCGGAUUCAAAAUGUCAAAGCAUUAUAUCUCUGGGAACUGCUAAGAUUACAUAUCAUGGCGGAGAGGAAGGUAUGGCGUCUUUUAAAAUUAACUCUCAAAUACGUGUUAAAUCGAAAAGUGCUGGUAAAGAUCUAAGUGUUUGGGGUAUUGAGGUGAAUGGACGAGAAGGUUAUGCGCCAAAGGGGUAUAUUUUGGAACAAAAAAUUCUAGUGAAAGACAAAGACUUAACGCAUAUUGUACCCGUUAAUUUGCCUGGUUCACAAAAAAAUCCUUCUACUACACCAACAGCAGCAACAAUAAAACCUUCUGAAAAUACUCCAAUAAAGAAAGAAGAUGUAGAGAUAACUACCACAGCACCAUUGAUGACACAAUUAGAGGGUAAACACACAAUUCCUCUAACAAAAACGGAUAUGGAACCUACUAAAGAAGAUAUCAGGCAAGCGACACCUGUGCAAUCUGAAAUUGAGAUGAUUGAUGGUACAGCUAUACCGGUUUUGGAAAAAGUGGUUGAAAAGCAAGAUGAUCUGAAAACCAACUUAAAUUCGGAUAAGUCUGAGGCCUCAGAUAAAGAUCCAUUUGAAAAGAGCAGCGAAACAACGGAGUUUGAAGAGCAAGUGCUUAAACCUGAACGAAUAGUUGAUGAGACGGUUCGAGAACAAAUAACUUCUAUACCUGAGGAAACGAAAAGUGCAGAAAGCGGGUCGCCUACAUUAGACAAUGCUGACGAUGACGGCAAUGUUGAAGAUGAUGAACAUGCUGAGGAUGACUAUGACGAGGAGGAAGAUAACAACGACGAAGAAGAAGACGUUCCCAUAUUUGAUAGAGCAGAUGAAGAGCAAUCAUUACCCAAGGAAAAUCUCAUUGAAAAAGAAAGUAACGACUCCAAAUCAUUACCUAAGGAAGAACUGAUUCAAAAAGAAAGAAACGACACCAAAUCGCUGCUCGUUGAACUUGAGCUUUUGAGUGCCCAAAAUUCGAAUCAAACCCAAGAAACUGAUAAUUCAGUGAUAAGUGCAAAAUUAAAUUUGCCAAAAAGUAAUGAGGAAGAAAAUAAAAAAAAUGGGAAAGAGUCUUCGGUCGGACUAUUAAGCGACAUUGCAAACGCCGUAAAUGAAUUUGUUGGUACAGAAACUACAACGGAGCAGCCGCAAACCCAGUUACCCGUACCACAAGAAUCGGUUUCAGUUGAAGUGCCGCCAUUAAGUACAAGUGACAUUUCGGACGAACACGACAAAGAAGUUCCUAGUGAUAUAAGUGAAAGACAGGCAGUUCCUAACACAUUGGCAGAGACUGCACCUCCUGAAGGCGAGUUACAUGCUAAUGUUUCUACUGAAGCUACAACCCAAUCACAAUUUGAAACAACGGGCGAGGAAAAAGUUGAUGAUAAUGUUUCAAGUGAUGAACAUAAUGUGCCUAGUUUACCAAUAUUCCAAACACCAACCCAAUAUCAACCUCAGCAUGAGCACAAACAGGAGCAUCAGCACUCACAUGCACAUCCACAAGAACAUCUGCAUACACAUCAGUAUCAUCAGCAUACAGAUCAGCACCAACAUUCAGAUCCGAGUACGCCUCGAAAUGGUAUUCCUGAAGCGCUUCAUGACACUACAACAAAGACUGGGGAUACAAUAAGUCAACAGUCGGGUGACGAAAAACUGCAUACACCGUUUUACUCCCAAACUGCUGAUGAGCAAACGCCAAAACAGCCACUAACCGACGCAAAUCCCUCUGAAAAGGUUACAGAAUUAUCGAGAGAUGAAAUUCAAUCCGUUAAAUUAGAAACGGUAGCGCCUUCACCCGAUAAUUAUCGUAAAAACAACGAGUUUAUUGAUGAAACAGAUGGGAAUAUCGCGCCAGUGAAAGAAGUUGAACACAAAGACCACAAAAUUGAGGAAAAUGGCCAACGCAAUCAUGUAGAUGCCAGCACAGUAGAAGAAACCCAACCAAUUACACCCAUUACAUUAGGCGAUGAUAUAGCAGAGAAAAUCAUACCUCAUUUAACGCCACUUCCUUCAAAUGAAGGAACAACACCUGCGUCACAUCCACCACAAGAAGAAUAUGAAACAACAACACCUGUGUCACAUCCACCAAGAGAAGAAUAUGAAACAACAACACCUGUGCCACAUCCACUAAUAGAUGAAUAUGAAACAACAACAACUGCACCACAUCCACCAAGAGAAGAAUAUGAAACAACAACAACUGUGCCACAUCCACCAAGAGAAGAAUAUGAAACAACCACAACUGUGCCACAUCCACCAAGAGAAGAAUAUGAAACAACCACAACUGUGCCACAUAAUGUGCCGGAAGAAGAAACAAAGGAGAAGGAGCAGGGUCUUUUCGCUACAAUAUUAGGCACUGUCAAUAAUUUCUUGUCCAAUGGCAAAAAGGAAGAUGAGGUUGUAGAGGAUGAGGAAUUGCAACGCAUACUCUAUCCUGAUCGAGUUAAAACAAGUAAAAAGUCAACAGAGGCCGAUGCUGACUAUUGUGAGAAGCUGUCGCCAACCGAUUGUCCAACACGUGUUCUGCGUGAAUUAAAUAAUGCGGCAACAGCGUCUUCCUCAAUAGCUGGCUGUCAACUGGAUCUAAAUAAUAUUUCCAUUGAUAUGUUGUUGACGGUAGCGGGCAAUAAAAUGAUUGAAAUGAGUGAAUUGUUGGCCUGCCUGGCGACAGUGGCGGUCACGUGCCUCUUCUUUUUGUUCGUGUACUAUUGUUUCUGCAACAGCAGUCGUGAAGGCGAACUCUUGGCCAAGUUGAAUGCGUUGGAGCGCAGUUUGCUGGCGACACACAAAGAAAAUGCUAUCCUCAAAGAAGAUUUAAUGGGCACACGUAACAAAUUGUCGAGUAUUGAAGAUAAUUCCUUCGGCUCAAAUGAUAUGGUGAUAGCAUUGAAGAAAGAGUUGGAAGAGGAGCUGCUGGAAAAGCGACAAUUGCAAGAACAAGUUGGAAAUUUAGAAAAGGAACUUGAAAAUGCUGCCGAGGCAGGACUGGAGUUGAACAAAAUUGUUUCGGAGCUAUUGAACAAUCAGACGGGUGAUGAAUCCAUUAUUAGCAGUGUUGAGGAACUACAAAAACAGCUUAACGAACAACAAAAAACUAUACUCGAUAUAAAUGCAAAUUUGGCGGAGAAAAGUCGCGAAAAUAGUGAACUACAGCUGAUGAUUGCGGAACAGAAUGCCCGGCUUAGCGGUGAAAUUGCAUCGCUCCAGCAAGAUAACGACGAGCUCGAAGUGGAAAAGAGUAACUUGCAAACGCGUUUGGAGGAAGGAAAACGAGAGUUUGAAGAAGACAUCACUAAGGCGCUGGAGGGCAAGAAUUUUGAGAUAAAACGUUUGCAAAGUGAAUUAGUAGAGUUGAGCACAAAGCUCGAGGCGGAACAUACAAAGUAUCAGACAAGUCUGGCAAAAGUAGAGGCUUUGGAGGAGUGUUUGCGUACAGUGCGUAGAGAUCCAAGUGUGAAUAUAAACAAUGUUAUCGAUGUUGCUAACGUAAGAGCCGAACUAUUGGAUGUGCAAAAGCGUUAUGCUGCACUAAAAGAGCGACUAGAUACAGAAACGGAUGGCAAAAAGUUGUUCGAACAGCAAUUGCAGCUGGCAAGUAAUGAAAAUGAGAAAUUGAAACAUGACUUUCAUCAGUCGGAGAAAGAUAAAUUAGAGGCACAGACACGUUUGGAAGUGUUGUCCAACUACUUCAAGGAGAAGGAAACUCAGCUGCAAAAAGAACUAAGUCUGAAAGAAGCCAUGUGGCUGAAGCAACAAGGCGAAACCACGAGCACCGUGGACCGCGUUACCACAAUGCAAGAAGAAAUUCAAGCAUUAAAAUCGCAAAACGAUGCACUGCGCGCUGAAAUUGAGGCACAACUAGCAGCACAUAAGGCGCAGACUGGUACUCUGGAGAACCGCGCACACGAGACGUGGUUGGCAGCACGACAAUCAGAACGUCGCUAUGAAGAGGCGCGAGCUGAAGCAACAGCGCUGCGUCGUAAGCUCACUUCCUUGGCAGGCGGCGGCGCAACAAGUGAAGCUAACUUUGAAAAAAUGGCUGCCGCUGGCGAGUUGAAUAAUGCACCAUCCCCCAUACAUAUGGAAUCGCCCGGAUCACCGUUAUUGGGUAGACUGCCACCACCACCAUUCCUGCCACCACCAUUCAUGGGACCACCGCCACCAUUUAUGGGCAUGCCACCGCCAUUUGUGCCACCGGGUGAAAUGCGUCCACCGCCAUUGGGACGUCUAAUGUCGCCACCACCGGGUGCUGUCAGCGGCGGCAAUGGUGGUGGUAGGGGACAUUUACCACCACCACCACCACGCAGUGGCCGUUAUUCGCCAAAUCGCACUGAUUAUGAUGACUACGAUGACGAUGAGGACGAGGAUGAUUAUGUGGAUGACGAAGAUGAGGAAGAGGAGCGUAUGCGCCCACAUCAUCGUCGACGUGGUAGCGAUGUAAAUGGUAGUUGGCAACGUGACGACUCAUACUCACCACCACCGCGCGCAUAUCGUUCACAAUCGCCCACAGAUAGUCGUUACAACUACAAUGCCGAACGUGAUCUCAUCUCGACAUACGAUACCGAAACCGAUUUCGAACCAUCACCAAGAAAACACGAGCGACGCGGCGCACGAGGCUCACGUGCCGGCAGCUAUCGAGACUACUCACCACCGCCAACUGCCUCAUCACCAUUGAACGCAUCCGCCAAUAGUAAUGCUGGCAAGAAGCAUUCUGCCUCGGCAUUUAACAAAGGCCAUAUGAGUUCUGGCUCAGAGAAGUCCGCCACACAAUGGUGGCAAAAGCAAUAGCAAGUCGGCGGUGCAAGUGGUUGAUGGGGGUGUGUGUGGGUCGCAUAUGUAUGCAUCAACUUACCAAUGGAGUUCAAAUGUUUACUUGGCUAAGUGUGGGAGAUUAAUAUACUAAAUAAUACUAACGUGUAGUUAAAUUAAUUGUUAUACAAAUACUUAACGACAAAAAUGAGGGCGCAACACUAGGAUAUCAAAAACAAGAAGUAAAAGCGAAAACAAUAACAAUGUCACUGACCACCCACAAAUCUCAAAUAUGCCGCAUAUGAUAUAAUACACAUACAUACUAACCGUACUCGUACGCACGUAACACGAGCACAUACGAACACAUGCAAAGUUUUGCCAACGAGAUUCCAUAUUACAUGCCAAAAAUUAUGUAUUAACAGCAUUUCAUUUUGCACAUUUUAAAUUCCUGAAUUAUCCGCGUACGGAAAACUGUUUCCUUCAUUGUUUUUGUUAAUAAAUAUAAAUUUACUUCUUCGGUUAAUCUAAAUGUUUGCAAAAAGUUGGAAUUAGUUAUCGGCGCCUGUGCGAUGUGCACUCUUUAUGCCAAUAGUUGAAGGCGUCAGUGCGCAUUUGU